AAGGGGAUCCACUUAGAUUCAUGUGGCCCGUCACAAACUGUGAACUCAUUGUGUAGACUGAAAUGCAUUUAACGGUUAUGUGAAAAUGUGUAUGUGUUUUUACGACGACUGCUGUAAAAAUGAAUUUUUCGUUACAGGAACUGAAGCCAAAACAUAUCAGGGUAGCAGGUGUCCUCUUCCUCUUUGGCUCUCUGUUCGGAUUCUUUGGGUUCCCGCGUAUUCUCCACGGCCAGAUCGCAUCGCAACUAACCCUGAAGCAAGGUUCUGAAAUGAGGGCAAUUUGGUCGAAGAUUCCAGAUCCAUUCAGCUUCAGAAUAUACGUCUUCAAUGUAACGAAUCCAAUGGACGUGCAGAGAGGGGGAAGACCCAUUUUGACUGAGGCAGGGCCUUAUUUCUAUGAAGAAUUUAAGGAGAAGAUAAACGUCACGGACCACAGAAAUAAUGAUACAGUGUCAUUUAACCCACGAGACACUUGGUACUUCAGCAUGAGGAAAUCCGAAGGAUUGACAGGAAAUGAAAUGCUCACCAUCCCUCACCCUGCCCUCCUGGCGACUGCGCUCACUACCGAAAGGGAGCGUCCGGCGGCGCUAAAGAUUCUUAAUAAAGCCAUUCCGGCCAUCUUUGGGAAUCCUGCCUCGAUGUUCUUAACAACUUCUGCAAGGAAUAUACUGUUUGACGGAAUCCCCAUAUACUGCAACGUGACGGAUUUUUCCUCCAAGGCUGUAUGUUCAGAAAUAAAGAAGAGGAAAGAUAAAUUCCAACAACUUGACGAAAAUAUUUAUGGAUUCUCCUUCUUUGGAAUGAGAAAUGGUACUGCAGGAGAGAGAUUUCAGGUGAAGCGGGGAAUUGAGAACAUAAAGGAACUGGGACAAGUUGUUCAGUUCAAAGGAGAGAAGAAAUUAACUAUUUGGAGUGGAGAUAAAUGUAACAAUUUCAUGGGUACGGACUCCACCAUCUUUCCACCGUUUCUCACUCCAAAUGAUACCAUAGCAGCAUUUACGCCUGAAAUCUGCAGGUCUAUCGCAGCAUAUUACACUGGAAGUAUAACUUACAAAGGCAUCAAAGCAUAUAAGUACAGUGCGGAUUUCGGUGAUGCGUCUCGAGAUCCAGAUCUUACAUGCUUUUGCACCACGCCAGAUACAUGCUUUAAGAAGGGACUCCACGAUUUGACUAACUGCGUAGGUGCCCCCAUCGUUGCUUCACUUCCCCACUUCUACCUUGCGGACCGUGAGUACCAGACAGGAGUGGUUGGCCUCAACCCCACAAAAGAGAAGCACGAGAUCCUCAGCAUAUUCGAGCCGAUGACUUCCACUCCACUCUUAGCUCACAGAAGGCUACAGCUCAGCAUUGCUCUUCACAAGGUUGAUGCCAUCGAUCUUAUGCAAGAGGUUCCCACAGUUAUUUUCCCGAUUUUAUGGAUAGAUGAGGGAUUUGAGUUAAGUGAGAAGCUCCUGAGUAAGGUGCAUGUUAUCUAUACGGCCAUACUCACUAUGAAUGUGCUGAAGUGGAUUAUGAUGGCACUGGGAGUGAGUCUCAGUGCUGGAAGUCUCUGGUUCAGGAAGAAGCAGACUGAUGUGCAGUCCUCUGACUUCCCUGGGAUAACGAGAAAAGUUCAGGAUGUCACAUCUCUAGAAGACCAAUCAAGAUACUGAUACAAUAUUCAUCAC